AUGGCCAACAAUACAUCAUCCAUCCACGUGAUUUUAACAGCAUUAAAACCAGGUUGUGAUCCUGUAGCUAUAACCAAUAGUUCAUUACUAGCGAGUAAUGAAACGGACAGUGGUGCAGUUGUCUACAUUAUUGCAGUAUUGGUGUUCUAUUCUUUUGGGGUGCUAGUGAUGAUUGUACAAUAUUUAAAAACGGAGAAAAAGGAACUGGAAGAGGAAGCUGCCUUGGAUAAUUUCUUUCGUGGCAUGCCUGAUACACGUGUUGAGCGGGAACAUCGUGUUAACAGAAUGGCGAUACAUGCAUUCCAUACUUUAACUUCAAUGUCAUAUGACGACGAUGACCCGGAGCUCGAUUUUCAACAAUCUUCACCUAUUUUAGUGACAGACUUGUGA